AUGUGCUCCGAGGCUAUUUUGGAGUUCGAGGAGUCGUUGGCAGCGGUCUCGUCAUCGCACGAGCUUCUUCUCAACAACUUGGAGUUGAAGGCUGACCUCAACCGUUUUGUGGCUACAAGACAUCUUGACGAUCUGGCUGCUGUAGUUGAAGAGCCCACCGAAGCUGGUCUUUUGUGUCUCUUCUCGAACUACGACUAUACUCUGGAAACGGUAGCGACAUGCCUGGUUUGCCGCAGUCAACUAGCUGGAGCGUCGUCUCCGUGUUGCUUCGAGUACAUUGAACAGCAGAAACAAGGUCCAGGGUCAGCUCUUGAGCAGGACUAUUGGACUCUGUUUCUUGCAAACCCAUACAAGACCAUUCUCACGCUUCCAAACUACACCAAGAUGGCGUUUAAUCAGAUGGGCGUCCCGUUCCAGCUUCGGGCGCAGGUUUGGCGGAAAUUGGUGCUCAUCAACCAGAAAAAUUACUACGGGAUCCCGGCUGAGGCUACUAUGAUCUUCAGCAACUUCCAGCAUUCUUACAACCAGCAAAUAUCGGACCAGAUCAAGAAGGAUUUGACGCGUACAUUCCCAGACGUUGAGUUUUUCCAGAGACAAGAAACCGUUGACUCUCUUCUCACUAUCCUUUGCGUGUAUGCCAACUACGAUAUGGAACUAGGAUACUGUCAAGGUUUGCUAUUCUUGGUUGGAACCUUGUUCCAGCAGCUUGGAAAUCGCGAGUUCACAUUCCACACAAUGUGUAAGAUCAUGGAGUGUGAGCCCCAGAUGCGUUCGAUCUUUGUCCCAGGACUGAUGUUUGAGACUUUGGAGGCCUGGCGCCUACAAUUCUGCUCCAUCUUUGCGCUGGUUGAUCGCCCCUUGUAUGAACACCUCACAUCUUUUUGCGAUAUGAGUGUCUUCUUGUAUCAGUGGUGGCUCAGCAACAAUUUGAUCCACACCCCUAAUCUUUCGAUCAAUAGCCGCAUUGUCGAGAGCUGUCUUACAGAAGGAUGGCAAGUAGGGAAUUUCAAGGUUUCUCUUGGUCUUCUUUUGCUGAACAGGCCCAUACUCAUGUCAUUUGGAGCUGGUGACGAAGAGGUUGUCUACCAGCAUUUGUUGAACGAAUCCAAAUGGGGUAGCAUCGUCAAUAACACUACCUCUUUCUUUGGCGAUCUCCUUUUGUCUUGGGAUGACAAGCUUUUUACAGGCUUGGACAGGAAUAUUGUCUCCUCUAUUGACAAUGACACAAGAAAAGCGUCAUUAACUGAUAAGGACUCAUUGUUCUCUCGUUUCAAGAACUUGUCUAUAAGGUCUCUUCUGAUUCUGGAUUCAAUGCCUCAAGUUCACAAGCUUGACAACAGAUCGCUUUCUUCAGUGUUCUCUUCUAGAGACAAUACUUCGUUGUUUUCAGAAGCCACCGACAGUUGCGGAGAAGAAUGCAACAGCAGUUCUGGGAGAAAAGGUUCCUUCAGUGAUUCUUCUUAUAAAAGCGAGUUGGAUGACGUCAUUCUGGAGAAUCAAGCUCUACGUUUCUUGCUCAAGAAAGCUUAUGAUGCCCUCGAAGAUACGUCCUUGAAGCGAGAAAUAGGUGACAUGAUCGAUGUUAGCUGA